AUGAUAGGACCACUGGUCUCAGAGAUCCUGGACGUGGCAACCAGUGAGGAGCUGACAACGCUGUGUCUGCCCAGCAGCAUAAGCAGCAUCUCGACCGGCAUCAUAGCUGCCCUCAGACCCCUGGUGAAGCCCAAGAUUGUCAAAAAGAGGACCAAGAAGUUCAUUUGGCACCAAUCAGAUCAUUAUGUCAAAAUUAAGCGUAACUGGCGCAAGCCUAGAGGCAUUGACAACAGGGUGCGGAGAAGAUGUAAGGGCCAGAUCUUAAUGCCCAACAUUGGUUAUGGAAGCAACAAGAAGACAAAACACAUGCUGCCCAGUGGCUUUCGCAAGUUCCUGGUCCACAAUGUCAAAGAGCUGGAGGUGCUGCUGAUGUGCAACAAAUGUUACUGUGCAGAGAUUGCUCACAACAUCUCCUCCAAGAACCGUAACGCUACCGUGGAAAGAGCAGCCCAGCUGGCCAUUAGAGUCACCAAUCCCAAUGCCAGGCUGCACAGCAAAGAAAAUGAAUAG